CCAGGGGUCAGUAACAACAUGAAAUUUCACAUAAUCUUUCGAUAAAUUCUCAGUUAAAUGUUAACGCGUAAAUUGUGACAUGGGGAACUUCACUAACCUACUUCUGUGCGUCUUAUCAAUCUGUAUCGGUGUUAGAUCGCAAUACCCCAAUUAUCAAACUCAAGACUCCUCCUUCGUCUCAGGUGGUCAACAAUAUCAACAACCCUCUGGGUGGCAAUAUUUUACUUCAUAUGGUUCACCUUCACAGACAAACUACGUGCCUGUCAAUACACCAGGAAAUGUUUACCAGGGAGGUGUAGGGCUGAUAUAUCCAUACCCAUAUGCAUCACAAAACAUUCCAUCAGGUACACAGUUCGUUCCUGUUAGCUCCCAAGUUAAUCCUGUAGGAUCACAGAACUCACAAUCAUCAGUCGCAGACCCCUAUGCCGGUGUUAAAACAGAAAUUAUCGAUGUUGAUCCUGCAGAGUUCAGAAGACUCAUGACUAGUCAAGGAUUCCAACCACAAAUAGUGUCCUACGAAACAAGGAGAAUAGGCGGUAUUUUUCGGGGGUACGCCCACCGACCAAGGUAUAUCGUUAAAACCGAAAAUAAACAGUCUAAUGAAACAUCUCCCUCACAAGGCGUCAGUAAACACGAGGUUCAGAGUAAAGUCACCUCCUUCAAUAAGACUUUCGUGAUUCAUCCCAAUGAGAAUGGAAGUAAAAUUCUCAAUCUGAAUUUCGUAAAUGGAGUCCAGGUGACAGAGGCUCCAGAGGCUGCUGAAGUACCAGAGAACCUUGAAGAAAAAGACGGAAAUGAGGAAGAACUCGAAAAUAACGAAGGGGGCGAAACUGAAGAGAAAAACGAAACUACCACGAUAUCCUCUACAACGGCAUUGCCCCCAAAAAAAGGUGGAAGAAGGUUCAUAGACGUUCCAGGGGGAUGUGAAGAGGGUGCAGGUUUUUCCUUCACUGGAGGAGGCUGUUUCGAUGUAUUUCACCUUGGGGUGAAUCGAACCCAAACCAAUACAUCUACCACAACAAG